AUGUAUGAAGCAUGGUUUGAUGACUUUGUAAUAUUUAUGUCGAAACUAUUUGCUCCAGUACAUGUAUUGCGUAUUAAAUAUCAUACGGGCUCAGAUUAUCUUGAUCCUAAUGAUUGGGAACAAUUAAUUAAAAUACGUAUACCUUAUUUGCUUACAUUCGACUACGAAUAUCAUGACAAGGAUAUAACGGAUUAUGCAGAUGAUGAUUUUCAUACAAAAAUCAAUCGAUUUACUUCACAAUUUUGGAUUAAACAUCAAUGGUUUUUUGAAUUUGGAAUCAAUAUAGAUGAAGAAAGUCUUCAUUGCUCAAUUCAUCCAUAUAGGAAUAUAUGGCUUGAUAUUUAUAAACAUUCAGAGAUUGCUAAAUAUUUCAAUAAAAAUCUUAGUGACAAUAUUCAUCAAGAACAUACAAACAAUUCUUCACUUGCCUUACUUCCAAUUAUUCAACUCUGUAUCAAUAGUAGUUCAUUUGAUGAACAAGAUCAAUUAUUUAUGAAUAAAUUCAAAUCUACAUUUCUUUCUGUUCCAUUUACUCGUUUGAAGAUUAGCUGUGAGGCCAUACCUAUUGGAAUGUUUGUUAGAAUCAUACAUUUGUUAUCGAAUCUUGAUUCAUUGAAAGUAUCAUCUUUAUCAUGUAUUGAAUCCGAUUGGUUGGUUAAAAGCGAUGGAGAGACUAGUUUUUCAACAUCGAUCAAUAGUAAAAUUACAAAUGUCAAUCUUGACGAAAUGAUUAAUAUGGAACAAGUGCAUUUUCUUCUUCAUCUCUGUCCUUGUAUACAAUAUUUUCAAGUGAAUAUUUCAAAACACAUGAAUCUCAAAAUGCUCGUACGAUUUAUUUUAAUACAAGCCAGUACAUACAAUUUUGAUCUUCGUUUCUUAUGUCUUUCUAUUCAAAAUGCCAAUGAAGAUAUGGUUCAAAAAUUACAAAAACUGAUCGAUACUGAAAAAUUACUCUCUAACUAUAUGAUCAAAUGUAUUGGUAAUCAUAUUCUUCUGAAAUCAGAUUGA